UUGGUCACAAUUACGUCAGACGAAAUAUUUUUUUUAUAACGAACUCGUUUGAAAGUGUUCACUCGCAGAUGGCAUGGACACCGGACAAAUUUCCGUAGAAAAUAAGAAAAGUCCUCCUAUCAAAGUUCUUUCUAGCCAACUCCGAGAGGGAAAAGAUAACCGAUUGAAUGGCAAGCUCGAAUUUAAUAUAAAAAGACUAGGACAAUGGAAAAACACUGCACUUGUAGGCUCUGUGGUUUGGAUGCAAGGGACAAUACUGGAAGUUCGGUCUGAUCACAACACGGUGCUUCUUUUGGACGAGACAGGGACAUUCGUUGUCAAUGGCGUCAACAACAUUCCUAAGGGCAAACCAUGCCUACUUCAGGGUAACUAUGUAAUGGUGAUGGGGAUGAUCCAGGCCCUCUCUCCAGAACCUGUCCUGCGCGCGGUAAAGAUGGCAGACCUCUCUGAACGCGCUGCGAUUCACAGAAGAAUGUGGAAGUUGGAGGUGGAAGACCUUCAGCAAACGCUCACGUAGAAAGAAGCAUAAGCAGUAUGUUGCCAUCAAUGCCUGUUUGUUUUCAUUCAUAAUUUUUUGUAAAAUGUAAAUACUGCUACUGGUUUUUAGCGGUUUCUGGCCUGCCUGAUAUUUCAUUGCCAAAGGUAAUGGAUCAUAGCAUAGAAGUACGUGCCCAACACCGUUUAUGAUAGAAAGUGCAUUAUAUUGUAAUGAAACUGCAGGGAGCAGGUGUCGACCCUCGACCUUCUAAGCCCGAAGUCUGGCGCGCUAUCGACUGUGCAGCAAAAGCAUGCUCAAGCGGCAGAGUCGAUUUCCGCGCUUAUAAACCCAGGGUCGUCACACUAUGCAUAUAUUAUAGCCUAACACGGUUUAUAGUAGGCUAUAAUUAAGCAAUAAUGCACGAGGGGGUGUGGUAGAUGGCCAAUAUACCAUGGCUAAGGGCUGUUUUGUCAUUCGUGUGGUAUACUGUCGGCCAAUCAGCAUUCAGGGCUCGAACCACCCAGUUUAUAAUAUAUGCAUAUAAUACACUAAACAUGUCAGAAGUGCUGGAAGAGGGGGUAUGAUGGGAAAAAAUCUUGUCCUGGCAAAAAUGCAAACAAAAGACAAAGAAUGAACAACGAUCUCAUUUGGUGGUAAAAUAAUCUCAUUUAUUUGUGCUUAUGUCAUGCAUACACAUUGAAAAAGUGCCAUUAAGUAAAUUCUACAGAAGCACACAAUUGUAUGUGAUAAAUGAAAAUAAACAAAUAGGGCCUAUACAA